UCUCGGGGGAAACACCGGACCGUUCGCCGCUCCGCGUACCCUUUAAUUACGUUAGUUGACGAUCCGCACGUAAAUACCGGGAUUUAUAUUUUUACCAAGACACUUAAUUUUUAAAAUUUUUAUCGAACCCGUUGUCGGAUCGCAAGUGUUCGAGAAUUAUUCAUAAAUUCAUCACCCUGUGUCAAAGUCGAGCCAAUUUCUGUGUGUGCCUGUAUGCAGCAGUGACUAUACGGAGAGACCUUCGUUCGCGUUUAUUACCGAAGUGAAAGAACCAACGAAUCUUUCACAGUCAUUCAUGUGUGAUACAUGCACACCGAUUUAACCGCCGGCAUCGCGCGGUGACACAAAGGAACGGGGACAACAGGGGUGAAAAGGAUACGCUGCAAGGAUACUGCAUUAUACUUUUUAUCCACCCACAAGCUGCUCAACGCCAUCAGAUCAUACGGAAAAUGAGAUGAGCUGGAUGCAGUGUGGACAGUAUUGCAAGUCAAUCAGAGUGGACGAUAUACAAAAAUAAAAUAGAAACAGUAUAAAACAGCUGUUUCGUAAAAACGUAUAUCUAUAAUACGUUUACAGUUGAUAAAAUAUACGAAUAAAUAAAGAAAUAUAUAUUAUGGAGCUGGUAUUGUCGCCCGGUAGAAUCGGAGGGGGAGAAAAGAAUGGUUCUCCUUUUCAAAAUGAGGAGGUACGAGAGUGGUCGCAUGUCGAUCGUCUCACUGGGAUGCUUGAGCAUGCCAGAAUAGAGACAGGUCGAUGGCAAACGCGUCAUCAAGGAUCUGCCCAGGCCUACGGGAAGGUAAUCGAUUCACGAGAGCGCAAUUCGGCGGAUGGAAAUGUCGUCCAAAAAGCACGAAGACAAGUCGAGGUAUUUCAGAGCCAAGGGGUGAGUGGCAGGUCUGUUCAAGUUGUCAGAGCUUCUCAGUGGUCCUCCUCUAGGAUAACAGAUUCCACAUCGAGUAGCCCUGUGUCUGUAUCAAUGACCGAGUCGCAGUCCUCACUGAGAAACGGAAACGACGAAAUAGUUCCAGGUGGUAAAUCACUGUUUAGAAGAGUACAGCAGUGCGACGAUGACCAAAGUUUGACCAAACUAUCUCAAGUUUCGCGACUGUGUCGUCAGAUAAACACUGAGACCGGUGUUGGCAGCUUCGGAAACCUGCGAGGAAAACAGUCACCCCAUGUUUCUCCCCUUCUCGGCAAUAGAUUUAGGAAUCUACACCACGAUUUCAGUUACAGGGAAUACGAUGGGAACGUUUCGAACUUGGUGGUAACGAAUAGUCCGAAAAAAAGCACCUCGAACGAAGACCUGACUAAGUCUGUUGAUAAUGCAAACGCGAGGUUGAAAUUUAACCGGGAUUGCAAGGCUCGACGUUCUCUGCAAAUACAGAAAUCAUCCGAGGUAACUACGAGUAGCAUCGUUAAAGCGGAGGAUCCCGUUAUUGAAAUUCCGUUGCAUUUCAAUUCGUACGAAAAUAAUGAGACUCGUACUAUGAACGGCGGAGUUCAGGUUAACGAAUUUGGCGAUAAAGAUCUCGCGUCAUCCGAUAAAGACGUUAGAAAUGUGGCGAAAAAUGGGGAUAGGAAAAAAUUGAAGUCGUACGUGCUGGGAAUGCAGGAUGAGUCUGAUUCAGAUUCAAGCUUGACGGUUGAGAGCAAAUACCUGAGGAAUGGGGAGCGCCUGUUUAACGGCGUUGCUAAAACGGGGGAAGAAAAUUGUGUGAAUAAGGAGGUUGGGAAAUGCCAGUAUUUGAAACCGACUCCGAUUCUGUUGAAGCCCGUAAAAUCGGUUCAAUUAACCUCAACUACAGGCAUGAUUGCCAAGGCUAACACGACCGUCGUUCACCUGAACAACGCCAAAGCAUUUCCUGACCCAGAAACUGACCAAUCAAAGGUUGACGAAACCGCGGGAAAGCUGCAGUCGGAUAAGACGAGCGUAAACGGAAACGACGAAUCGAACGCUGCGACGAUAUCGAGGUCUGUGAAAAGAGUAGGAUUCUGCAAGACUGAGGUACACUUCGCCGCAGAGUCUGGAAAGGUGAAUAUAGUUGAAACCGAUUGCAAACCUCCGCCAUCUAAUAGAUAUAGACGAAGAAGGCGAAGCAAUAUCGUCGUCGGUUUGCCUGCUACGAAUAAAAAUUUACCGCUUAUUCAUUUCGGCGAUACCACCUACGAGAAAUAUAUUUUUGGUCAAUCGAACGGCUCGAUUAAAACCGAGUUUAAAAACGGUGCAGUUGACAAAUUUCUCGAUAAUCAGCCGGAAGCGUCUGCGGUUCUUAGGGACGAACAAAGAUUGCAGAUUCCAGAUUCAGACGACUUGCCGAUCAAAGACGGAUGGAGCGCUAGGCUUAAAACUAUACUGCAAUCCGAGCCUGCCACUAUUGAUCAAAAUGACGAUUUGAAUGCUCACGCUAAUUUCGAUGGUAUUGACGAGACGAUAGCCGUUGAUCAUACGUUCAAGGGACACACGACUACGGUUAAUCUCGGUGCUAAUGGGCUCUCAAAACUCAUGCAGAAGCAUGCGAAUGAAGAUCGAAUGAAAAUUGAGGAAUCCUCUAACGAAGGGAAAGACAAUCAACUGCAGUAUAGUUCUGGGAGCGAACAAGCCGACGAAGAAGUUCGAUCUUACAUGCUUGGAUCUCAAAUACAUCACAAGCUCCACGUCCAGCAUAAGAAAUUUUUACAUUCAAUUGCAAUGGAAAAGUCGAGGAACGUUCGCAAUUCCAAGGAACUCCACUUAGGUCCGAGUACAGUGAAUGAAAGGAAGGAUAUUAAUUGCAUAGACGUCAUAGACCAAAAUAUCGUCAGUGUAUCGUCGAUUGACGAAGACGAUUUGGAAACUGGUAACUCUGGCCUACCGGUGGAAGAAAUAUUCUUCGAAUCUAACGGCACCGUGGAAAAAAAUCACGUGCAAGGCACGAUAUUGAAUGAGAGAAAUGUGAUAACUUCGGAUAACGAAAAUAAUAAAGUUUUGUUGAAUAUCGUUACGACACACGAGCCUGUCAUCGCUAGAGUAGAAGAAAGCCAUUCUGUAGAGACAAGGAGAGAGUUAUUUGCUGGUAAAAAAUUGCAUUCCCAUUCCGAAAAUGUGGAAGAAAACAGAAAUAAUGCGGGGGAAUCAAGUCGCGUUAGCAAGUCUUUUUCGACGAGGAUACGGAAGACUAGCACUAAACAUAAAACCAAAGAACACUGUGAUAAUGCAUUAAAAAAAGAAGUGGAAACAGGCUGCUGUUUGAAGAAUGAUACAAACACGACUGAUCCUACUUACGUGAAUGUGUUCGAAAGAAAGAAGGAGAAAAGCAUUCCGAUAUACGAAAAUUGUUAUGUAAACAAUCGUAAGAGAAAUUUAAAUGAUAAGAAGUAUUCGAAAAAUAUGAUAUCUGGCGAUAUUCAGUCUCUUGCAGAGUUAAAAACUGUUACAGAUAAUUUGACUCAGUCCACGAACGGCGAUUGCGACUCUGAAUCGGCAAGUUUGUCGAAUACUGAUUGUGAGGAUGAAAAUUUCACGCCGUCUUCCAGAGCUAGAGACGCUGAUGCUAAACUGGCAACGAUAUCCGAAAAUACGAACUCUGGCAAGGUAAAUAAUCGCGAAAGCCAUAAAGUCAAACAGAGCAGAAUAAAAAGCAAAAGGGCAGCUAGACCGCCAUCGUCUGUGUCUAGCAUUGAAAGCGUUCACCGAAUUUCCGUUAGCGAAAAUACAAAUGUUUCUGAAGUUAAAUCAUUACACUCUAAAUCUACUCGGUCAAGCAGGCUACGCAGUAGAAAUAAUCAGGAGAAAAUACCGGCUAAGGAAUCCGCCGAAAGAUAUUCCUCGGACGACAAGAAAAAUAAUACGAUCGAACGAACAUCGAACUCAAAAAUAUCUCGUUCUAAUCACGCAAUUAAUAACAUUACGAAAGCAAGCUACGAUCAGACUGGGAAUAAUUUGAAUGCUAGUAUAAGAUCGAAAAAACCGAUCGAAAUUGUUUAUGAAACCGCUGUAUUUAACAUGAAGAAUGAAAAGCUUGCUAAAUCAUCGAGGGCCAAAGAAUCUAAGACCCCUCGAUACAUCAAUGAUCUCAUAUGUGGAAGUAAACCGAAACGUUCGAACGAUAUGAAACACGUUAAAGGAGCAGCUCUGUGUCAACAACGUGUACAUCAUAAAAGCGUAUCCCCAACAAAUAGACACUGGAAAUGAAGUAACAAACGGCUGUAAAAGCACAAAUUAAUGAAAAAGUUCCUUUGAUUUUAAGACAAUAUCGAAUACUCUAACAAUCGCGUUGAUAAUAUUCUCUCGAUAUUAAAGUUGAAAAACAAUAAUAUUAAAAUAAAGCUAAUAUUUUAUUUAAUAGCAAAAUAAUAGUUCCUUAUUUAAGAAUGCUAGCUUCAUAUGAUAAAGCUUAAAUACAACAAUGUUAAUUUGUUUUACAUGUUAAGUCGCGAUUUUCUUUUGUAACCCAGGCGUCACUCUUGACAUUAAUUUUAUUUAUUUUUUUAAUUUUAUUUUACUUUUUUUUGUCAUUUUUGUAGCAAUGAUAGAGCUCUCUCUUUCUUUUGCAAGAUACGCGUCUUAUUCUAGCCAUUUUUUCUCAACUAUAUUUAGUGGUAUACCGCAGUAGUAAGGAAGCGGUUAAUUACGUCGGAUAUAUUCUAUGAAAGUAUUGAAUGUAAUAAUUGUUUGAACGUUUGUUCAGUCUUAGCUUAAUACCUUUCGAUGCAUCGACAAAUUGUUGAAAGCAGUUAGAAAAUUGAUCCUAAUAUUUAUAAAUACGUACAUACUAAUUUAUUAUAAUCAUCCUCAUAACUCAAUCAUCUUUUUACUAAUACAGAACGUAAAAAAACAACAGCAAUAAAGAAUUAAAAAAAAUUGAUCAUCACAAACGAGUUCGUCGAAGUUUAUCGAACCUUUAAUACAUUUAUUACAGAUAAAAAUAUCUUGGAAUAAAAUUAAUUUCCUGUGAAUGAUAGGAAGAAACUAGGGAGAGACAUGAGUUUAUCAAUAGAAUUACAAGCUAUAUUUCUUCAAGAAGGCCAAUGAUAUGUAAAAAUACAUAUAUUAUCUAUAUACAAUACUUCAUAAUAUUAUAAUAUUAAGUGCAGCAACCAAGAUAUACAUAUAUUAUACAUAUAUUCAUAUUUGCAAUAUUUGACGUACCAAUUUCAUUUGAUAAAUAUAUAACUGUUCACCAAUUGAUUGAAAAGUGCGAAAAAAUUCCCCAAAUUUUACCAGCAAAAAAAUACGAACUAUAACCAGUAAUAAAUUAGAUUUAUUUUUUAAUUUUCUCACAGUAAGUACAUACUAUAGGUAUGUUUUUUUUCCAAUUUGUUUAUUACAAACACUAAAUCGCAAGAAUUGAAAUAAAUAUCUCUAACAAUGACCAUCAGUGAACAAAUUUCAAUGGUCGUGAACGUAGAAUGUAAUAUAUCUGUUUUCGUACGUACAAAGCCGAUGAACUAUCGUGAUCAUAAAUCGUCAAUAUUGACAUUAAAGGUAUGUUGAAUAUUGAUAGCAUUAAAUUAAUAAAAACAAUCUAGUUUUCACCUUACAUUUACUAACUCUGUCAACACUUUAAAUACAUAGACAAUAAGGGUCUGAUUGCUGAUCACCUCGGCUACUUAGAAUCAGUGGUUUUUCUUUUUUUUUUUUUUUCAUUGUAUAUUUGAAAUUUUCAAUUACCAGAAUGAUAUUUAGGGUUAUAAUAGAAACGGUGGCAGAGUUUAUUUAUGUUUGUAUCGAAGAUCAUAAUCUCGUACACUAGUUUCUUGAUGGAAAAUAUUUCGCUAGUGGAUCGUAAAAUUUUCUUUUCUUUUGUAAAUAAUUUAAAGUAAAAACUAUAGCUUGAGUUUAAAAAAAUUUACGGCGAUCAUUGAAGAUGUGGUCAUAAAAUUGUAAACAAAC